GCUUUGUCGAUCCUUGCCACUUCCCACUUAUGUGGUCACGAUUUGAGCUCAACCCAGCACUUCAUACAAGAUAAAGAAUCAACGAUAGAAAAUAAAUAGAAAUUACCCCAAACAGGCAGGAAUGGGAAACUGGUCUUGGCGGACGAGAUAGCUAUCUAUCUACUCGUACGGAACGAUCCACCGAGAACCCGUCGCCGGCGCGGCGAAGUUCGAGUAGAUCGAAUUGAAGAAGAAACCCAGGUAUUUUAUCAUUAUCAUUAAGUAGAAAAAUGGACGCAGGGUCUGAAGUUGACCGAGAAUUGUGGGGGAAACAUCAACAUGAAAUCCUUGGUUACACGGACAAGUGGAUUGUAUCUCCGGGAGAACGGGUUGGAAUCAAAGUCUCUACCACAGCUUCUUCUUACAAAACCCGACUUUGUCGAUUGAUCUCGGGGCACGAGGACCCUGCUUAUUGCCUGCCAAAGUAUGAAUACUUUGAUGAGCUUGUGCCAGAAGAAGAACAUCCGGGGAGGUAUCAGCAGUGUCAUAUUGGAUCUUACGCGAAGAUUGAUCAGUGGAAGGAUGUUGGAAUCAAUGAGAAUGAAGGGCUAGCUGUCGAUUUAUGGGCAUUUCCUACGCUUUCCGAACCUGGUCAUAGGCAAUUUAUCAUCUCAGGUCUGGACGAGAAAGGGCUCACUGGUUUCGGCCUCUUUAUUUCUGAAGACGAUGAGUUCGAGUUGAUUGUCGGCACCUUCCAGUCAACGGAAAUCGUAAAGACGGGCUUCAAAAGUAUCACCAAAACAUGGAUGCAUAUCCAAUUCAAGAUUUGGUCUGAAAAUGUUGCCGUCACCAUCUCUCCAAAGAAGAACUAUGGAACGGCAAAGGCCGCGAAGGGAUGCACUACUUCUCACAGAAUGUCUGAGAAGUUUGCUCCUUCCAAUGGUGAACCUCUGGUUAUUGCAAGCAGACUUUUCAAUGGUUCGACAGUGGGAAAUUGUUUCAAUGGCCGUAUUGAUUCUCCUAUCCUCUCCUCGGGCUCAAAAGUUCUUGCAAAAUUUGACUUUUCGAGGGAGAUGACUUCAGACCACAUCGUGGAUGUGUCAAGUCCGAGUCUCAGGGGAGAAUUGGUGAAUGCUCCGACCCGGGCAGUGAAGGGAUUUGAUUGGGACGGCUCAGAAUGUGACUGGACCAAGGCGACAUUUGGAUACUCCGCAAUACACUUCCACGAGGAUGACCUUGAUGAUGCGCAAUGGGAGAACGACUUUGUUCUCACCAUUCCGGAGACUGCGAGGUCUGGAGCCUACGCAGUUGAUUGUGCAACCCCAGGCGGCAUGCACGAUAUGGUUACAUUUUUUGUACGGCCUCGUCAUGAUAAACCCAAAGCGAAGGUUGCCUUUCUGCUGGGCACCUUCACUUAUACCGCUUAUGCGAACGAGCAUAUGUUCAACAAUACGUCUGAUCCACUCUGGAAAAGAGUUGCUCUAAAAGAAACCGAGGACUUCAAACGACUUGUGGCAAGGAAAGAUGUUGGCCUGGCUAUGUACGACCUCCAUCGCGACGGAUAUGGAGCUGUCUUUUCCUCAACCAAGAGACCCAUCAUGAAUGUACGACCUGCAUUUGUACACUGGGGCUUCGACCGUCCUCGAGAGUUCAGUGCUGAUCUGUUCUUUAUCAACUUUCUGGAGAAAGAAGGUAUUGAGUAUGAUGUCUUGACGGACCACGACCUCAACGAAUUUGGGAUGCAAGCUCUCGAGGGAGUCGAGACAUUGGUCUUUAACUGCCACCCCGAAUACACCACACUGCGCAAUUUGCAGUUAUACGACGCCUUUUCUGCCAAAGGAGGGGAUAUGAUGUACCUUGGUGGCAACGGUUUCUACUGGGUCACCUCCCAUGACCCGACUCGAAGCCACCGGAUUGAAGUUCGCAGAGGCGUUCAAGGCUGCCGAGCCUUCGAGCUUCCCGGUGGGGAAUUUGUCCAUUCCAUGACUGGUGAACAGGGUGGCCUCUGGAGAGCUCGCGGCCGUGCGCCCAAUUUCACAUUUGGAAUUGGCUCUGCGGCAUGUGGUCUCGGCGCUGGCGUGGGAUUCAAAAGAAGCGAAGCAAGUUUUGACUCCGCCGUUUCCUGGAUCUUUGAGGGUACCGAGAAGGAUGAGUUGAUAGGUGCAUUUGGGGGUGGAGCUUCCGGCGACGAGAUUGAUCGGUAUGAUGUUGCGUUGGGCUCACCAGAAGAUGCUGUUGUGCUCGCAACCAGCGAGACACACUCAGAUCUUUUUGGGGCAUUCAAUGAGGAGAUCAUGUUCCCGAUGCUGGAUACGAUGGGACCGACUUGUGCCAAGGUUCGCAGCGACAUGUUGAUUUUUGAGACUGCAGGUGGGGGGAGGGUGUUUAGUGUUGGAAGCAUCAAUUGGAUAUGGACGAUGGCGUGGAACAAUUAUGAGAACAACGUGGCUAGAGUGACGGCGAAUGUUCUGAGGGAGUUUAUAAGGCCAAAAAUUCAGGAUGCAUGAGACUAAAAGUGCAAAGUCAAGGGGAUCCAAUGAAUAGAAAAAAGAGAAAACCGUUGCAGUCCUUAGUAUCGCGACGAGCUGAGUUGCGAAUAUUAUUAUAGGCUGAAUCGCCAUGGGCAUCUCGACCCCCUUUCUCUUAACCGAGUGCUAGCCUCGAAGAGCGACCCAUGCAAAGAAAUAUUUCAUCCAAAGACUUUUGUUUGGUAGAUCGGAGCCAAGAAGAACAAUUA